UAAACAAAAUUUGAUAUAAUGAACAUUGUCCGACAGCUGCGAUCGGGCCAGCGGCGAGCAGUCCUCGGGCUUUGUCAGCGUUAUGCUUCGAAGGACCAGUCGAAGGACCAGUCAAAGGACCAGUCAAAGAACCAGUCGAAGAACCAGUCCAAGGACUGCGGCAAGCUCCAGGCGAGCAGCAUAUGCGGAAAGAGUCCUGGAAAAUCAGGAGAACCUUCCACGGAUUCCGGAAAAUCAGACAAAGGACCCGACAAGGGAAAAGCCGACCCCAAGCGCAAGAUGGUAACCAUGAUCGAUGGCGACGGCGUGGGCGCGGAGUUGACGAAUGCCGUGCUGGAGGUCUGCUGUGCGGCCAAGGUGCCCAUCGACUGGGACAUCUUCCAUGAGCACAAGGCGCCCGACAGCGAGGACGUGUCGCCAGAGGUGCUGGAGUCGCUGCACCGCAACAAAGUCUCCAUUAGGGGACCCAUCAAGAGCCACCAAUGGUUGGAUAAGCUGCGCAAGGAGCUGAAACAGUUCGCGUACGUGUCCGUGUGCCAACACCUGGAGGGACACGAGUCGCCGUACGGCAAGUUCGACUGCGUGAUCGUGCGGGACGAGUUCGAGGGGGAGUACUCGGGCAUCGAGCACCGGGUGGUGCCCGGCGUGCUGCAGACCAUUAAGGUGAGCACCUCCGUGGGCUCCACGCGGCUCGCCAAGUUCGUCUUCGACUACGCCCUGAAGGAGAAGCGCAAGAAGAUCACAGUGGCCCACAAGGCGAACAUCAUGCAGCUGACGGACGGCAACUUCCUCGAGGCCAUGCACGAGGAGGCCGACAAGCACGUGCAGGAGGUGCGCUUCGAGGAGCGCUACCUGGACACGGUCUGCCUGAACAUGCUGAUGAAGCCGGAGACCAACGACGUCCUUGUGUCCUCCAGCAUGUACGGCGACGUCAUCAGCACCAUUGCCGGCAGCAUGAUGGGCGGCAUCGGCAUGUGCCCCGGCUACGCGGUCAGCUCCAAGGGCCUGAUGUACAACUGCCAAAUCAAGCCGCUCCAGGAGAUGGUCGGCAAGGAUCUGGUCAAUCCCACCGGCUUCCUGCUCGCCGCCGUGCUCAUGCUGCGCGAACUGAAGCUCGACGAUCAUGCAGCCAAGAUUCAGUGCGCCAUCCAAUCGCUGUACCGGGACUCCGAUGUCCGCACCCAGGAUCUGGGCGGAGAGGCCAAGUGCUCGGAGUUUGUCCAGAAAGUGUGCGACAUCCUGACCAGCGAGUGAAGAGAUCUUUCCCUCAGUGUAGCCAUUUAUUCUGGGCGGCCAACCAUUACCGCAUUCGAGUUUUGUAUUUAAAUUAUAUAUAUUUCGAGUUUUAGACAA